AUGUCUACUUACGAGGUUUGCAUCUACUGGAGCCAGUCUGGGGCUCCUGCCCUCAUUUUCAAGGCCAAUGGUCAAAGCAACAGCGGCUACAGCUUUGUGCUGGACAUUUAUCAGGGAGGCCACAACAUAGAUGCCGGGUCCUUCGCCGGGGAGACUUCGUGGCAGGGUAACUUUCAAGCCACCUGCUCCCCUAUCGGAUACACGAGAAAGAGUGUCUCAUUUGGUAGCAUCAUGGGGAUCCUGGACGACGCUGCGGAAGGCACAGGCUUGACUGCCAAAAAGUGGGUAAGCGACUCUCUCAAUGGUCUGUCCAGGGCUCGAAUUAUCACCGCUAGCCAGGCUUCGAUGGGCCAACAAGAUCUCACCAUGUAA